GGAAAGCUCUGUUUGAUCAGCUUGAUCCUGACAACACUGGUUAUAUUAGCACUGAGAAAUUUCGGAACCUCCUCCAGAGACAUGGCUCUGAACUGGAUCCCCAUAAACUGGAAGUGCUUUUGGCCUUGGCAGACAACAAUUCUGAUGGGAAGAUUUGUUACCAAGACUUUGUCAAUUUGAUGAGUAACAAGAGGUCCAAUAGCUUCCGCCAAGCCAUUUUGCAAGGGAACAGGAGGCUAUGCAGCAAGGCCCUUCUGGAGGAGACAGGACUCAGCCUUUCUCAGCGGCUGAUUCGACAUGUUGCAUAUGAGACUUUACCACGUGAGAUAGAUCGGAAGUGGUACUACGACAGCUACACCUGCUGUCCUCCACCUUGGUUCAUGAUUGCCAUCACAAUUGUAGAGGUUGCCUUCUUUCUUUACAAUGGAGUGGUCCUGGAUAGGUUUGUGCUACAGGUCACCCAUCCCUUCUAUCUGAAGAAUUCAUUAUUAUAUCAUCCUCAACUUCGUGCCCAGGCCUGGAGAUAUCUCACCUACAUCUUCAUGCAUGCAGGGAUAGAACACCUUGGACUCAACGUGGUCCUUCAGCUUCUGGUUGGAGUUCCCCUUGAAAUGGUACAUGGUGCCACAAGGAUUGGGUUUGUCUAUAUUGCUGGAGUGGUAGCAGGUUCCCUGGCAGUGUCCAUUGCUGAUAUGACUGCACCUGUUGUGGGUUCAUCUGGAGGGGUGUAUGCUCUUAUUUCUGCCCAUUUAGCCAAUAUAGUGAUGAACUGGUCAGGAAUGAAAUGUCAAUUCAAGCUGCUGCGCAUGGCUGUUGCCUUGAUCUGUAUGAGCUUUGAAUUCGGAAGAGCUGUAUGGCUGAGAUUUUACCCAUCUGCUUAUCCUCCAUGUCCUCAUCCCAGUUUUGUUGCCCACCUUGGUGGGGUGGGUGUUGGAAUCACCCUUGGUGUGGUUAUUCUAAGGAACUAUGAGCAGAGACUUCAGGAUCAAUCGGUAUGGUGGAUCUUUGUUUCCAUGUACAUGGUGUUUGUUCUCUUUGCCAUCUUCUGGAACAUUUUUGCCUACAGCCUGUUGGAUCUAAAACUACCUCCGCUUCCUUAAGAGCUUGGGCUGAACAACUGUCAAAGACAAACAAAUGACUUCCCAUCUUCCAGCUUCAUGGGCAGAAAAUGAAACCAGAGGAUUUAUUUUUUUAUGAAUGUGACAGGAGGGGAAUAUAUCCAUGUUCUGGAAUGACAUGCAUUAAGGGAGAACUAUACUGUGCAGAUGGGAUAUGAGUGUAUUAAGGAUGAGUCAAUAGACCCUUGCUUGGAAGUUGUUUGGGCAUAGAGAUUUACAGGUACCAUGAUCUAUAUGAGCCACACCUUGUGCCCUUUGCUCAUACAAGCAGUUUGGUGCUUCAGUCAUAAGAAAGGUUCAGCCCCCUCAAUGUUUAGCCCAACACAUAUGGGUGACAUGUUAAUGCACGCAGUGAAGGCUCAUUUGGAUGGUUUUAUCUUUUCCAGCAUCCACAGUUAGAAACUCUAGAAGAGUUUUCCUUACCUGAUGACCUCCAGAUGUGUUGUGCUAUAAACCCAUCAUGUUGGUUCAAGAUGAUGGGAGCUGUAGUCUAUUACAUUUGAUGACCAGUCUAUCUUCAGUCCAUCUGGAAAAUAUAUUCCUUUCUUUAAUGAAUGGGUUGUGCCAGGGGGCAAAAAGAAAGGCUUAGAGGCCACAAAUGACUUGCCAGCCCAGUAUCCCUUUUGUAGCGCUAUAGCUCCCCAAAGUGUCUAAGCCCAAAUAUUUUAGCCUUUCCCCCAUUUGUUGAGUUUUCUGGGGAAUUAAGAGGGAAAAAUAGAUGGAGGAUUCAGUUGUUAGAGGUUCACACAUGGUCACUUGCAGAGGCUGGUUUUCAGCUAAAGGAUCAACCAAAUCACACUGAAAUAUUUAAGGGUGCUUUAGUCUGGUUGUGAAAUUCAGCUGCAUAUUUAAUUGUUUUUUAUGGUUUGUGGCUGGGGUUUUUAGUCAUCACAGACUACUUGAAACUGUUGUCUUCUUAUAAUAAUUAUGUUAUUUCCUUAUGGGC